AUGGAGCUCCUGGGAGCCACCACUGUUUUCUUGCUAGUCUGUGUCUCGUGCCUUCUCCUUGCCACAUGGAGGAGCAUGUCACAGAAAGGGAAGCAACCCCCAGGUCCCAUUGCACUCCCCAUUAUUGGAAACAUGCUCCAGCUGAACCCAUGGAACUUGACUGCAAGCUUGACGGAGCUCAGCAAGAAGUAUGGUCCUGUCUUCACAAUUAAUUUAGGCCCACAAAAGAUUGUGGUGCUGUACGGCUAUGAUGUUGUGAAAGAAGCUCUGAUUGAUCAGGCAGACACCUUCAGUGGAAGAGGCAUUCUACCACUGGUUAAAAAACUCUUCCGUGGCACAGGUAUUGUGACCAGCAAUGGGGAGACCUGGAGGCAGCUCCGACGGUUUACACUCACAACCCUGCGAGAUUUUGGGAUGGGGAAGAAGAGCAUUGAGGAGCGAAUCCAGGAGGAAGCCCAUUUUUUGGUGGAGAGGAUCAGGAACACAAAUGAGCGACCCUUCAACCCUGGCAACUACCUAGUCCAUGCUGUUUCCAAUAUCAUCUGCUCUGUCAUCUUUGGGGAUCGGUUUGACUACGAGGACAAGAAAUUUCUAACUUUAAUUGAUUUGCUAGAUGAAAACAACAAGCUCCAGCUCUCUGUACACCCACAGAUAUACAAUUUCUUCCCAACUCUCAUGGACCACUUACCUGGGCCUCAUCAGAGACUGAUAGAAAAUAUUGAAACAAUUAAUGACUUUGUUUUAGACAUCGUAGCACAACACCAGAAAACCCUGGAUCCCACUUGUCCUCGAGAUUUUAUUGAUGCUUUCCUUAACAAAAUGGAACAGGAGAAAGGAAAAGCUCAUUCAGAAUUCACCAUUGAGACCUUGAGCAGAACCACAAUUGACUUGUUCUUUGCGGGAACAGGGACUACCAGCAUCACCCUGAGAUUUGGAAUUGUGAUCCUCCAGAAAUACCCAGAGAUAGUAGAGAAAGUUCAAAAAGAGAUUGACUCUGUAAUUGGCCGAGAUCGAAGUCCCUCUAUGGCAGACCGGAGUCGGAUGCCCUACACAGAUGCUGUGGUCCAUGAAAUCCAAAGAUUCAUUGAUUUCCUUCCAAUUAAUGUCCCACAUGCUGUGACCAAAGACACCAAGUUCAGAGGCUAUUUCAUCCCCAAGGACACUAUGAUAUUCCCUAUGCUGCAUCCUGUCCUACAUGACAGCAAGGAAUUUCCAAAUCCAGAAAAAUUUGAUCCAGGACAUUUCUUGAACGCAGAUGGUACCUUUAAAAAGAGUGACUAUUUCAUGCCAUUUUCUGCAGGAAAACGUGUCUGUGCAGGAGAAGGUCUGGCCCGGAUGGAGUUAUUCAUAUUUUUGACAGCCAUCCUGCAGAACUUCACUUUGAAAUCUGCUGUAGAUUGCAAGGACGUUGACCUUUCCCCUGUAAUCACCAGUCUUGCAAAUAUGCCCCGAUCUUAUGAUGUCUCUUUUCUUCCACGUUAGACAAGUGAAGACAGUUGCCACCUGCCAACCUCAUGAACGUUCUGGUCAAAUGGCAGCCAUUUCACAAUCUGUUGAGACUGAAACACUCAGAUCAUUUGCUAGAUACUUCAUGGAAAGACAAUUGAUGGUACCUUCAUAAUCUCCACAGCCAGCUCUCAACAGAGACAGAAUAGGCAAAUUGCACAGAGAAGGAGACAGUUCCCUGUACAAAAUUAUACAGGCUCUCUGCACCUACCUCACUUAGAUCAAAUUCCUAUCUGGCUCUUGACAUACUCAUAUGUCAGUGAUUGCAGACUAGUGCUCUUAGAGCCCUCUUGCUGGCGUACCCUAUCACCCCAUCUCAUCAGGAACAGGCAAUUGUACCCCAGGGUUUACACAGACUCUGCUUGAGGCACCUCUCUCCUCUGUAUUUUCAGUUUGUUUGUGAUCUGUUUGUAAAGGUAAGCAUAAACCAGUGGGUUUGUUGGAGGUUUUUUUUGUUGUUAGGUGAUCAUCUACUGUAUUUUUGCCCCAAUACUUAUUGUGUCCUAUGGUGGGAAUGGAUUUUAGUGAUGAAUGGGCAGAUGUCCUGCGUGACUGUAAUGAAGGUUUGUGAAAUUAAAAUUUAUAUUGUAAAAUAAAGUAGUAGUCCACUGAA